AUGAAGAACCGUCAACCCAGCACCCGCCCCCUGACGACCUCAGCCCGCGUCCACCCGCCAUUCCUCCCCUACCUACACAAUGCGUCACGCAGUAAAGGCAAGGGCCUGAAAUGGAUCCCACCCCUCGCCGUGGUCGUCACAGCAUGCUACGCCGCCUCCUCCUACCGUGAGGCCCACGAGCUAGCCGCUCAGCAGCAAGCCGACACCGACACCGAGAGGCGGCGGCGCGAGGCACUCAUGGCGGAUGCGUAUGGCGACCGGGGCAGCCUGGAGGAGCUGGAGAGGGCGGUUGCUGCUUAUGAGGCACAGAGGAAGGGGUGA